GAAAUGCACAUUUGGUAACGAGACCAGUCGGAGAAGCGUCGUUUUUAGAAGGCCGUAGAUCCAACUUUCCCUGCAGCUCCUUCCCUGUGUGACAGGUAGCUGGGUGCCGUAAGUUCCUGAUCUUGAACCUUGCUCGGGAGGAGCGCGUGAGAAAGCUUAGAAUCGGACUGCACGAAAUAUGGCGAGCACAACCGUGAUUCAUCAACCAGGACUUAGCUACCAAAAAGAGUAUUCCGGCUCAGUUCAGUACAUCGGUGGCUAUGACGAAGGAGACGAUGGAGACGUUUUUUCUCCUCAGAAAAAGGGAGCUGACAACGGGCAGCCAAUUCCGAUGGGCUUGGAGGUGUUUGAGAAUGUCAGCAAGUUAGUUGCCCAUCAAAAUGUGGCCGACGAUGAAGCCUGGUGGGGUCGUAUGGACUUUAGCAUCAAAGACGGAGCUGGAAAUCAGCUGUUUGAUGUCAAAGAAAUCAAAACACUCAAUCCCUGGAUUCAAGCAUUCCUUGGCAAUUCUAGACCUUACUACAUGAAAGUCAUCAACACUGCUACAAGCAGCUGGAUAAUGGAACUUGAGCAUCCAUUUAGCCUCAACAGUCCUGCCUUCUGCCCUUGGGUAGCCCCUUCGAUGACUGUACGUAUGCCUACUGGGGAGGUUCUAGGACACAUCAAACACGCGUCCAGAGAAACUCUUGGCAGCUGUUUGGGACCCUCAUAUUAUUUUGAUGUUUACAACUAUGAAGGAGAUCUCAUUUACAAGGUGCAAGGGCCUACAUGCUACCCUUUUGAGUGCAAAAGAGAUAACGUUGCUGUUUUUAAGAUUUUGAGAGAAGGCCCCAAAACAGAAUCAGAACACCAACAAAUUGGAGAGAUCACACACAACUGGCGAGGUUGCUGUGGAGGUAUCUGCAGCUGUUGUAUCACCGCAGAACCAGACUUUGUCAGCAUCUCAUUCAUGUUGGCUAUGUCUGCAGAAGAUAAGGCCCUGUUUCUUGGAUUGCUCUUUUUAGUGAUGCAUUGUUAUAUGGAAGUGCAGUAAAAAACACAGCUAAGUCGACAUUCGUGACACAACUGCACCGUAGAAUUGAAUCAUCAAUAGCUUUUAUGGAUUAUUGUGUAAUUAAGCCCAAUGAGCAUGUUUCGCUAACGGAACAAAUAAUUCAAUGCUUAUUUCAACUUUUUUAUUUGUAGUUGCUAGUUUUAUUUUACAACUCUCUAUGUUUUUUCCCUCCAUUCGCUGUUUCAGUAGAACCAUGUUCUUCUGACUUCCAGCAUUAAAGCCUUUGUUAUCAAAUAAUCACAAAAUAUAUUAGUUUUCAAUCUUCUCAGUAAGAUUUUUCGCUGUUGAUUCGUUUACAAUGUCACUACUGUCACCGAGCCACUUAAACACAAUUAACCAAUCGCAUCAUAGGAAACGAAAAAUGAUUCCAACUAAAUUCAGUGAAACCAACCAGUGUUUAGGAUCAAAGUAAGAGAAAGUGAAAAAAGAAAUUAGAUGGGAUUCAUCAUAGUUUGUUUCUUGUGAUGGGAUCAGCCAGUUGUGAACGGGUGACCUGGGCCGAGAGAGAGGUCAAGGUGUAACUCUGCUUCUCCCUUAAGGCUCAUACAUGUACGUUGUACAUAACCAUACGAGAGUUUUCCAUGUAGAAUUUGAGAGUUCCCUCAGUUUGAGGAAAGAAAAAGGAAACUUACAGUUAGGAUUACAAAUAUACCCCAUAUUUUAGGGUUCAAGGCGUCAAUGACGAUUCUUAGAGCUCAAUUUUAAGUUUGAAAGGGAUAUUUUAUUCAGGGUGUGUAGUGUAGCCGUCAAAAAUAUUCGUCCGGGGGUUUGACGGAAUCGCGUGAAAUAUCAAGCAUAUUUCUGUGCAGCCGUACGCCAUCCAACCCCUAAAACCAUGAAAACUGAAGGAAAUAACGCUUGGCACUUUUGCAUUCAGCGAAAACGGUUAACUUAAUGGUAUCGCGUUAUUUGCUUGUUUGACUAUUUUCAACGUCAUUUUGGAAGACAAGUUCUCUUAGCCCUUAAAAGUAGAUUUUUCUCGAGAUUUCUUCAAACUAUGGACAAUUGGUGACAGUUUUUAAUGGUUUACCAACAAUAAUUUUAUAUAUCAGCAUGUUUUUUUUGUUUUGUUUUUUUAAUAUACAUUUCCGUAGAGAUGCUAUAUAGUUUACUUAACAUGAUAUUCUUAGACGCGUAUACGCUAUUUUUGUAUAUUGGACCAGGUCGUUCAUUUUAAAUACGGCCUUUUUAUCAUUCCUUUUCCGUGCCCGUAAGAAGAUGAAGUUACGUAGGUUCAGUAUGCGGGAGAUGGUCCUGUAAAUCAUAAAGGGGAUGUGCCGCUGACCCUUUGAGUCGUGCCGUAGACCUGUUUCAAGAUGCGGGUAAAAUUGCGACUCUGUUUUAGACAAAACGCAGGAAAAGAACGAUGAUGUGCCGUUCCAGAUUACUGUCAUCGAAAAUUUUUUUAUUCUUUCAUUUGUACAUUAGUUUCUCAGACAUGUCUGAACGAGAAUAAUGGAAGAUUUCAAGAAGAAUUUACCCUUUCGAAACUAAAGGUAGCUAAACCCUUCGUUGAGAGAUACAGAAUGAUUCUGAUAUGCUGUUCUUUGAUCAAAAAGGCAGAAAGCAUACGCUGUCAGGAGGCGUAUCCCUCCAUCUCCCGCAUAACUCAGAACUUGGAACAUCCAGCCAUACUUCACCUUCCGUAUCAACAACAUUCGACACCUCAAUUCUAUUGAGCCCCAUUGUAAAGAAUUCUUCGUACUGACUUGUGUUCUAUUCAUGCAUUCGCUAUAAUCCUAGUUAGGAGAAUACGUGAAAAAUAUAACUACCUAAGUUGAUAACUUUGUUAACAUCGUGAAAGUUUUUUUCAUAACUUGUCAUAUUGCAGUUAGGGAGAAUUCCAACACUUACAUCGGGCCCGAGUAACAAAGGAAAAUUAGUAAAGCUGUUUGAAAAAGAAAUUU